UAAGUCCAAAGUUCGGUUUGCUCUGAGCAGUUUUAUAUAAAGACAACAGUGUGUGCCUCGCUGGACAGACACCAAACCAGAAGUUUCCAAUGAUGCAUGCAGCCCUGGGUAUCUGGAUAUUGUCAGCAGUGAUCUGCGUUGGUAGAAGCCAACACGAUUUGAAUGACACCCAAACAGACCAGGACACUCAAAUCGACAACAGCGCCAACAGCAUCUCACUGGUGGCUGCAGCAAACAAAAGGUUUGCCUUCCGUCUGUACAGGCAGUUAGCAGCUCAUGCUGACUCUCGAGGCAAGAAUAUCUUCUUUUCCCCAUCAAGUGUGUCUGUUGCCUUGGCUACCUUGUCCGUAGGGGCACGGGGUCCGACCCACAAGCAGAUUUUCAACGGUCUGGGUUUCAACAGCACCCUACUGACGCAGGCAGAUGUAGAUCAAGCUUUCCACGCUCUCCUCGAAAGGGCAAACAAGACAUCUAAUGGAGACACCAGUGAAGGCACCGCUGUGUUCGUGGGCAACAAUUUGAAGCCACGGCCAGAGUUCCUGGAAACCUUGAAGCAGUCCUACCAUGCAGAUGGGUUCACUGUUGACUUUGCCAAUGCCAUAGACAGCGCCAGUACCAUCAACGAGUACGUGAAAGCGAAGACCAAUGGGAAGAUAGAAGAUUUAGUCAAGGACCCGGAUCCAAUGACGGUCAUGUAUCUCAUCAGCUACAUCUACUUCAAAGGAAAGUGGGCGACUUCAUUUAAUCCCAAGCGCACCCACAGGAGCACAUUUACAGUGGACAAGAACACCAAGGUUCCAGUCCAGAUGAUGACUAUGGAGAAUAGAUUUCCUGUCUAUCGCGACCAGGAGAUCAACACAUCGAUCCUCCGCCUCCCCUUCAACGGCUCCUACUCCAUGCUGCUGAUGUUGCCUGACAACAUGGCAACACUGGAGAGUGUAGUUUCCCCGGGUCAUGUUAACAAAUGGCUGAAGUUCAUGAAGACCCGGUCAUAUCACAUAUUUAUUCCAAAGUUCUCCAUCAAGACUUCCUACACACUGAACGAUGUGUUGACUGGAAUGGGAAUGACAGACAUGUUUAGUGACCAUGCAGAUUUUAACGGCAUUGCAGAGGAUGUAGAGCUGAAGGUCUCAGAGGUCGUGCAUCAAGCUACCCUGGAUGUGGACGAGGCCGGAGCCACCGCUGCAGCUGCUACAGGCGUUACAAUCAUUUUAAAGUCCACGAUUGUUUAUCCCGUUCUCAAGUUUGAUCGUCCAUUUAUGGUUAUGAUCACUGAACACAACACAAAAAACAUCCUCUUUGUGGGAAAAAUUAUCAACCCAAACAUCUGACAGGACAAAGUGUUUGGGUUAACAGCUGUUGCAUCACAUAUAAAAUAAUGUCACGAUGGCAGUUUUGAACUGUUUUGGAUAGAAACCCUGGUUUGUGUAAUUGCACCUUGCCCUUUAUAUACCCUGCCUAUUGAUUGUUUUUGAGCUCCAUAAACAGAAUAUUUGUUCAGAAUUUCUUUAUUUUGUCCAGGACAUUAAAAUUCUCCAUGUGGUCUGACAGAAACAGAAACAAUAGGAACAUUCGAUGCUGCUGACUAGGUUUUUCACUUAUUUCUGUUUAUGUCCCUGUUAAGAUUAACACCCAUUCCAGAUAGACCCAUUUAGGUCUUCAAGUGAAUCAGUCCUGAACCACCCUGGAGCAUAUUUUCAGAAAGUCCUCCUGCCAUUUUUAGGAAUACAUAUAUCCAUUAUCUGUAACCUCAGGGUCAUUAUUAGGGCGAGAGGCAGGGCAGACAGGGCACAAA